CCAUAGGGAGUGAAGAGGGGGGGGAUGGCGUCACAGCGUGGCAGGAUUGUUACCUAAUGACGGGAGAAGGCGGGACCGACGUUGACUGACAGGCAAGUUUCCCUUACCGAGAUUCGAGGAUUUGGCUAGCUUACCCCGCCUUAGAGGCGUGAUCUUAUUUGAUUGCCAAGUAAUUCUACCCAAUGGACUCCGAGCGACUGGUGACGGGCAGGCUGUUUGGCUAAUGAGCCCCCAGCGUGGCCGGCGCGGCUCUCCAAUCGCCGGGCGGCGGGCCCCAGUCUGAGCGGCUAUGGCGGCGGCGGCGGCGGCGGCAGCAGCAGCGGGGGCUGCGGGCGGUCGAGGCUCCGGGCCGGGGCGGCGGCGCCAUCUUGUGCCCGGGGCCGGGGGGGAGCCCGGGGAGGGGGCCCCGGGCGGCGCGGGGGACUACGGGAACGGGCUGGAGGCGGAGGAGCUGGAGCCUGAGGAAUUGCUGCUAGAGCCAGAGCCCGAGCCCGAGCCCGAGGAGGAGCCGCCCCGGCCCCGUGCCCCCCCGGGAGCCUCCGGCCCUGGGCCCGGCGCAGGAGCCCCCGGCAGUCAGGAGGAGGAGGAAGAGCCGGGCCUGGUCGAGGGCGACCCGGGGGACGGCGCUAUCGAGGACCCGGAGCUGGAGGCCAUCAAAGCCCGAGUAAGGGAGAUGGAGGAAGAGGCAGAGAAAUUGAAGGAGCUUCAGAACGAGGUGGAGAAACAGAUGAACAUGAGUCCACCCCCAGGCAAUGCUGGCCCAGUGAUCAUGUCCAUUGAGGAGAAGAUGGAGGCUGAUGCCCGAUCCAUCUAUGUAGGCAAUGUGGACUAUGGUGCAACAGCAGAAGAGCUGGAGGCACACUUCCAUGGUUGUGGUUCAGUUAAUCGAGUUACCAUCCUUUGUGACAAGUUCAGUGGCCAUCCUAAGGGGUUUGCAUAUAUAGAAUUUUCAGAUAAAGAUUCAGUCAGGACGUCGAUGGCCUUGGAUGAUUCUCUUUUCAGAGGAAGACAGAUCAAAGUGAUACCAAAACGGACCAAUAGGCCGGGGAUCAGCACCACAGAUCGGGGUUUUCCACGUGCCCGAUAUCGUGCCAGGGCUACUAACUACAGUAGUUCACGCUCUCGAUUCUAUAGCGGCUUCAACAGCAGACCCCGGGGCCGAGUCUACAGGGGCCGGGCUAGAGCGACGUCAUGGUAUUCCCCUUACUAAAAAAAAAACAAAACAAAAAAAACAAAAAACACAAAAAACAAAAAACACAAACAAAAAAACAAAAAAAGUGUGUAUUAGGAGGAGAGAGAGGAAAAAAAAGAAAGAAGGAAAAAAAAGAAUUAAAAAAAAAAGAAAAACAGAAGAUGACCUUGAUGGAAAAAAAAUAUUUUUUAAAAAAAAAAGAUAUACUGUGGAAGGGGGGAGAAUCCCAUAACUAACUGCUGAGGAGGGACCUGCUUCUGAGGGUCUGGUCAGGGGAAGGGCCCCCAGGGAAUGGGACAGGGGGCUGCUCAUUCACUCUGGGGGUUCGACAUGGACAAGUCUCGACUACGAAAGCUGUUCCCUUCCUCCUCCCCCCUGCCUCCCCUCCUCACUUCACCCACUGGGGCUGCUCAGGGGUGGGGGCAGGAUGGUGGGGAAGGUUUUACCCAAGGGUAUGUAAGGACACAAAACUGUUCUGCUUGUUACCCUCCCUCCAUCUCUUCCCUGUUCUCCUUCCUGCCUGCCUCUUAUCCUGCCAAUCCCCCCCCCCCCUCCUACCUUCCCUUUUCCUAGCUCCCUGUCCUUCAUCCCUGGGACUACUCCUGACCCUCCAGAAAUUCCCUGGUGAUCUAUUUUGUUUCCGUUUGUGUUUCUGUUUCUGUUUUGAGUGUCUUUCUUUGCAGGUUUCUGUAGCCGGAAGAUCUCCGUUCCGCUCCCAGCGGCUCCAGUGUAAACUCCCCUUCCCCUUGGGGAAAUGCACCACCUUGUUUGGGGAGGAUGGGGGGGUGGGUGUUUUUUCUUUUUCUUUUUCUUUUUUUUCUUUUUUCUUUUAAUUUGGUUUUGGAGGGGGUGGGAGGAAGUGGGAACAGGGAAUGGAGGGGAGGGUUUGGGGAUUUUGUUUAUUUUUUUAGGUAUUUCCAGGGGUGGGAGGAAUUUUUUGUUUUUUUUUUAAUAUGUGUCAUGAAUAAAAUAAAAAUGUUUUUUGAAAA